AUGGCCUUCAAUUCGGACAACUGCAAGAUUGGUGCCGAAAUGGAGUUCAGUACUCAUGAUGGUACUAUAAGAGACGUGAUUUUCUUGGAGGAUACUGACAUCCUUGUUGAUCAGUGGUGGUGCGGGCAAUUGCCAUUUGCAUGUAACCGACUGCCAUUCUGGCCAGAUGGUGCAGUCAUUGCGAGGCCAUAA